GAUCCGUCUGUCCUGAAUGAUUCAGACAAAACCGGAAGAGUCUGGUAAACUAAGAGAAGAGCCGGUGUCAGAUCAGAGUUGAGAUGUUAGUUCAGGCCCCGACGCUGGAGGGCAGGAGGCGUGGCGUUCUGGAGGAUUAUCUCGAGGUGCGCCUCGCGGACCGAGCUGUGAUUGGUUGGCGCUCCUGGCAAACGGCACGCGACUAUGGAUGUCCCUAUAAAGAACUCUCGCGUGCCGGUUCCUCAACUAAAAGUAAGUGUUGACCGCGAUUAGCUAACACAGGGCAAGCAACGAGUUCAUAAAGGAGGAAACGCCGAGUCAUUGUUUCCGCAGCAGCAGGAGAAAGACGCAUCGCUGACAAAGAUGGACAGUGUGCUGGACCCUUUCUCCGGACUCGACUCGUUCUCUUCCCCUCCUUAUUUCGACGAUGACGAUUUUUUCACUGACCAUUCCUCAAGAGACGGACACUUGGACACUGAUGACUUUUUGGAUGAUGACGUCGACUUCCUCACAAGUCAUUUCCAAGACUAUUACAGCAAGGACGGAGGCAGCAGAGCGGCGCCUCAGGAUGGAGACUACGACAUCGGCAACUUGUCCUUCUCCUCCUCGUCCUCCACCUUCUCGUACGGCUGCGCGGAUAGCACCCCGGACCUGUCUCCUCAGAUGGGCCAUCACGGCGGCCCGUUGCUAAAGAGGAGGAGGCGGAUGAGGUCUGAGAUGGAGAUGCAGCAGCUGAGGCAGGCGGCCAACGUCAGGGAGCGGCGGAGGAUGCAGUCUAUCAAUGAUGCGUUUGAGGGACUCCGCUCCCACAUCCCGACGCUGCCCUACGAGAAAAGACUCUCCAAAGUGGACACUCUGCGACUCGCCAUUGGCUACAUCAACUUCCUGGCCGAGCUCGUACAGUCCGAUCUGCCCAUCAGAAACUCCAGCAGCGAGACGCACGCGCAGCCCAAGAAGGUCAUCAUCUGUCACAGAGGAACAAGGUCUCCCUCCCCCAGCGACCCGGACUACGGUCUGCCACCCCUGGCCGGUCACUCUCUGUCCUGGUCGGAUGAAAAGCAACUCCGAGAGCAAAACAUCAUCCGCACUGCCAAGGUCUGGACGCCGGAAGACCCCCGAAAACUGCACAACAAAGCGGGCCUCGCGGACAUCGAAAACGAGCCUCCUUUCGGCCUUGUGGCCUAAACCCCCGGAGUCCUUCUGACUUGCGCUGUCUAAACGCACACUGUAAAUGUGAAGUCCGUGAAGUGCAUUGAUGCCUGUUAAUGUGCACUUGAAGGUGCAUCGUAAAAACGCGUUUUGUUCAGUUUCCGGUAUUGUAUUCGACGUUGUAAAUAGUCUUAUCACGCAUUUUAUUUUUGUAAUUCAGGCAAAUGGCAAUCAUGUAUUUAUUUUCUUUUUUUCCACAAGUGAUAAUAUAUGCUUUAAUUUAAAUGUUAUGAAU